AUGAAGAUUGUAACGUCCGGUUGUGACGCGCCCAACUUUGAAUCUGACCCGUCCAUCAAUCUUGACCAACAGUCUAAUGCCCCCACUAGCCUGUUCUUGGCUCAACGCCGGACCGUUGUACGGAGCAAUUGGAACCAUAUCCCCAUAAAUGAAGGGCGACCAAACGUUAGUAUCCUUGUGACCUUGAUAAACGGAUUGUAUGCCGACAGCAUAAGUGAUCUGUUGGCUGCGAUAAGUGGCGUAGACGGUGAGUCUGUCGUAGUAAAUUCCGAUAUUAUCAUUAGGGUUUCGAGAAACGAUGGUGACUUGGAUGUUGGAGCUGAGGAUGUUGGGUGCGGAGACGUUCAAGCUGUUGACGGUGGCGUCUUGGAGGACAAAACGGGGUUUUUUGGGUUGCAGAACCGCCCAGACAAUUAG